AUGGGUGAAGAGAUGGCUGUAGAUGCAGUUGCAUCAGUGGUGCUCCAGAAACUAACUGACCUGCUCCAAGACAAGUCCUUCGCCACCAACAAGAUCAUAAGCCCUCGCCUCAAGGAGAUGAAGGCAACCCUGGAGACGACCCCCUCGGCCAGACCUGCACAUGAGGGAACACACGAAAACGAUGAAGAAAUCAAGAAACUGAGGCAAGAGUACCUCGGCCACAUUUACUCUAUCGAGGACUCAAUUGAGUCCUUCGCCCUCCGCUUCACCCGCCAGAGGAAGAAGCUCGGAUUCCUCAUGAAUUACGCUCUCUUCCCCAAGAAAUUCACAGCUCUCAAGAUGCUCGACUACAAGCUCUGCAGCAUUCAAACGGAGGUCAAGAAGAUCAGUAGUCGAACAAUCACCCUCGAAGGCAGCAGCAGAGCGGGAAGCCUGUUGCAGCAGCCAGAGUGUGAUGACAAUGAUGUACAAGAUGGUGAGGAGAUGCAAGAGGUUUCAUCUUCUUCCAUUGACAAAGAAACUGAGAGCAGUAUACAGAGCCUGCGUAGUACUUCGAUAAUUCGAGAGAGGAUAGAGCACUCCAAGCUCAUGUAUAGCUACUCAUACAAUGAGGAAGAGCUACCAAUCGUCGGAUACCAAUGCAAGGUGGAUGAUAUGCGGCGUAUGCUGUUGAAUCCAGAUGAAGGCCCGGUAAUCCCCAUAGUAGGCGAACUGGGCUCAGGCAAGACGAUGCUGGCUCGUGCUGUUUAUGGGAACAGAGCCAUCACCAAGACGUUCGACAGUGCUGCUUGGGUGACUGUUUUCGAGAAAUCUACAACCACGGAUAUCUUGCUCGCCUUGCUGAAUCAGGUGACGAAAUCUGAAGUCCAAGAUGGGACUACAGAGGAGUCACUCAAACAAAGGCUCGCGCAGGAACUGAGUGGCCAGCGAUACUUAGUCGUGUUGGACGGAGUUCAGACUUUGGAUCGAUGGGAAAGGAUAAGACAUGCUUUCCCUAAUCAAGAAAAUGGGAGCAAGAUCAUCCUCACCACUUGUGAUGAGGGCGUAGCUGAUCCAAAGGGGCAGAUGUAUAAAAUGGAUAAGCUGGAUCAUGAAGAGAGUUGGACUCUGUUCAUGACAAAGGUGGGAUCACAUCAAGAUCCAAAAGGAGUGAAGAAGAGGAUCAUCAAGGUUUGCCAGGGGCUGCCGUUGAGCAUUGUCCUGCUCGGCAGCCUGUUCUCGAUGAAGGACAGAAGUGAGUGGCCCAAAACACUCGACCGCCUCAGAAAUUGGCAGGCCGCCGACAUAAUGAAGCUGAGCUACAACGACCUUGACAACCACUUGAAACUGUGUCUCAUCUACAUGACACUAUUUCCUAGAGAGAUGGACAUUCCAGUGAGGAGGCUGCAACGGUUGUGGCUAGCCGAGGGGUUCGUGGAGCAGCCACGUGAGUUCCACGAAGAUGUGAACCAGCCACUCGAGUUCCAAGAAGACGUGGCGCAGGAGUAUUUCGAGAGCCUGGUGAAACGCAGCUUGAUAAUGGUGUCGAAGCAGCGCUCAGAUGGGAGCGCUAGAAAGUGCCGGCUGCAAGGCGCCAUCCAUGACUUUUUGCUGGAACAGGCUCAGGAUAUCCGCCUUUUCCACGUCCAUCCCGGAUCAGACGAAGGCUUGGCUGGGAUGCGGAGGCUCAUCGAAUAUGCUGAUGCCGGGAUUGUCCCACCCAAUACUGCUCCAAUUCGACAUACGAGGUCUUACAUAUCAUUCAAGCUACAGAAAAAGGAUAUUCCAGCAAAGCAUGUGUGCUCACUUGUUAGCAAAAUGGGGAAACGGUUGGGCUUGUUGAGGGUUCUUGAUCUUGAGGGAGUGUACCAACCUUGUUUGCCGGACAAUCUAGGUGACUUGUAUCAUUUGAGGUAUCUCGGAUUGAGGUGGACAUUCAUCGACAAGCUUCCAAAAUCUGUUGGCGAACUCCCUCAUCUCCAGACAUUAGACCUUAAGCAUACACAGAUAGACAAGAUCCCGAAAACUGUUUGGAAACUGAAGAAUCUCCAGCAUCUCAAUCUCAACGAAGUUCAUCUAGACAAGGACACACCUCUGCACUUCCGCAAGUCCUUGCCCGAUCUCCUAACUCUCUGGGGGUUAUCAGUCAGCCACGAGACCCCAAUAAAGAAUGGCCUGAGCAAGCUGAAACACCUAAGAGAGCUAGGCAUUUCUUUCCGUUGCAUCAAGCUCAGUGAUGAUCAUGAAAGAUGUCAAGAUCCUUUGGUGGAGUGGAUUUCCGAGCUAACUGAUCUCCAAUCAUUGAGGUUGCGAUCCAAAGAUGAUGCUGGGAACCCUUUACGCCUUAGUUUAAGGCCGUUUUCACGCUUGGAGAAACUCUCCCACAUGAAGUUACUUGGGAAGCUGCAGGAACUCCCUCCAUUGGAUCACUUCCCACCUCAUAUCAAGGUUCUCACAUUGUCAUUGACGUUUCUGUCCAAAGACCCCAUGCCAAUUCUUGGACAGCUCCCAGAUUUAACGGUUUUGAGGCUGCUCGGUAGCUCAUACCUCGGAGAGACAAUGGUGUGCUUGAGUGGCAGGUUUAAGAGCCUUGAGGUGCUGAAACUAUGGGUGCUCGAAGGUCUGAAGAAAUGGGAAGUGGAAGAUGGAGCGAUGAAGAAACUCAAAGAGGUCAACAUCAGAAGGUGUUCCAAUCUGGAAAACUUCCCAACAUUAUUGCUGCAGCAGAAAACCUUCCAAGAUUUGAUCUUGAACAACAUGCCCCAUGCAUUCAAGGAUAAAAUUGAUGACAUUUAUCAGAGCAAAGUCUCCACCAAAGAUUUUAAAGAACAACUCAGAGCUAGAGAUUAG